CAGGUUGCGCUGCCUGGAAACCAAGGGAGCCAUUGGAGAGGCGAAGGGGUGGGGGUGGGGGCUCCCCGUCCCUCGGAGCAGCCGGGGCGCGGGUGGCCGACGCGAGCCCUGGACCCCGGCUCCUGUCGCGGCCGGAGGCAGAGCGGGGACGGCGCUGCGGGCGGCCUCCAGGCCCCGGGGGGCCCGCCGGGGAGGAGCCGGGGAGGAGGCCGGAGCUGCAUGGAGUUUCUAGGGCGCGCAACUCCGGCGGGGCCUCGGCCACUGGGCUCCGGGGCGCAGCGAGACAGCCGCGCACAUGGGCUGAGCCCGCGCGCCGGGGCUCUGCACGGCCAGCGGGAGCGGGAGGGGUAGAGGAGCGCGCCGUGCCGGGGUGCGGGGCACGCGUCCCCAGACGGGAGCAGAGGACAAGGACAGGGAGGAGCGUGCCCGGAUCGCGCUCCGAGCCGACGAGGGGCUCGCGCCGGCCCGGCGCGCGCUUGGGGAGCGGCCCGGGGCGCCGUGGGAGCCGGCGGCAGCGAGGAUGCCGGCGCGGGGACGCGGCUGCCGGCUGGGGGUGUGAGCGCCAGGCUGAGCGCUGCCCGCCGGCGCCUGCGGCCGCGCCGCCCCCUCCCUGCGGGCCUCGGAGGAAGCCCCCCGCGCCGCGCGGAGGCGCCUCGGAACCCGGGCUUCGGGGCAGCGGGCCGCGCGGCCGGCCCCGGCCCAGCCAGAGGGAGAAGAUGCCUUUCCACCAUGUGACCGCUGGCUUGUUGUACAAGGGGAAUUACCUCAACCGAUCUCUGUCCGCGGGCAGCGACAGCGAGCAGCUUGCUAAUAUCUCCGUGGAGGAGCUGGACGAGAUCCGAGAGGCCUUUCGGGUUCUGGACCGAGAUGGCAACGGCUUCAUCUCCAAGCAGGAGCUAGGAAUGGCCAUGCGCUCUUUGGGGUACAUGCCGAGUGAGGUGGAACUGGCCAUCAUCAUGCAGCGCCUGGACAUGGACGGGGAUGGCCAGGUGGACUUUGAUGAAUUCAUGACAAUUCUUGGCCCCAAACUCGUGUCUUCCGAAGGUCGCGAUGGUUUUCUCGGAAACACAAUAGACAGCAUAUUCUGGCAGUUCGACAUGCAGAGGAUAACUCUGGAGGAGCUGAAGCACAUCCUCUACCACGCCUUCCGGGACCACCUGACAAUGAAGGACAUCGAGAACAUCAUCAUCAACGAGGAGGAGAGCCUGCAGGAGACCUCGGAGAACUGCCAGACAGAGUUUGAAGGAGUGCAUGCGCAGAAACAGAACAGGCAGACCUGCGUCCGCAAGAGCCUCAUCUGCGCCUUCGCCAUGGCCUUCAUCAUAAGCGUCAUGCUGAUCGCGGCCAACCAGAUCCUCCGGAGCGGCAUGGAGUAGGCCGCCCCCCACCGGGCUGCGUGCCCAGCUCACCGCGCAUGCGCAUGCCCAGCGGGCAGACUCUGUUCCUCCGCAAAAGCAGAUACGGUUGCAGACCAGGCACGGUAGGGCGAAGACCCCCCCCAAGGCUGCAGUGCAACAGGUGUUGCCCAUUCACUUCAUCUCCUUGGCAGGGACACCAAAGGGCUGUCUUAAAUGCUUUAAUGGUUUUGUUUCCUAAUGCAAUAAAAUAGCCAGGAGUUCCCAGUGACUGCUUCAACCACCCCUAGGAACUCUGAAGAGAGACUUCAUUUCCAUCCCGGGAUUCCAGGGGCCACCCAGGCUGGCGGUGUAAGAGAGCAAGGGCGAGGCGUCAGCCCGCGGCCACCUCCGUGCCCCCCGUCCUUUCAACCCCAGGGGUCCGCUGGAGACUCCCGGCUGCGGGAACCCUCAGUCCCAAGAGGCUGGCUGCUGGGUUGCUACGGAAGAGGGGGCUUCCUUCCUCCACCCAGUGGAGCCCCCCCCCCCACCCCCCACCCCAAGGCGUGAGGGGAAAGCCAUCGAGCGGGGUGCAGCGCCGCACCCCUUCGCUUCCGUUCUUACUGCCUUUUCUAGAGGACUCUUGUUGGCAGAGUUGGGGAGCUCUCGGUUUCCGUCGGCACUUGGCUUUCUGUUCCUAGAGCCCAUCGCGCACCAGCAUUUUGGAAUCUGCAGAGAGCCUUUCUCCCGGCUUUUGCCACCUGUGCUGCCAUUAGUGGAAAAAAAAAAAAAAGCAUUCUCGUGGGCAUCCCUGUAACAUAGACAUGUAGACAGACGUAUAUACUGGGCUCCUUCGUGUGUGACAUCCCCCUUUCCUAAUCGCUUACUCCCGGUAUAAGCUCGUCCUCCGACAUGCGUCCCCGCCUCUUUCGGGUGGGCCAGGUAGUUCGGGGGUGGGGGGUGCGGGGAGGGCCUGGGACCCUCACACCCCACUCGCCCGGAGUCACGGAGCCCGAACCCGCCUCCGUGCCAGCAGACCUCGGUCAGCGAAGGGCCUCGAGCACCUUAUCUUCUCCUCCAUUUCCAACUUGCUUUGUUAGUCCUCCCCUGAGCAAAAGAGAAAUACGGUCCACAGUGGAAAGACGGAAACGUACAUCACCUCUUGCAGCGGUCAGAUUCUGCAACUGACUCGUUUUCCCCCCACCCGGGGAAACAAAGAGACGUGAAGCAGCGCAGCCAGCAGGUAAUUCGCUCCUGCCUGCGGAGUACUUCUGCUGGGGGGGAGGGACCCGAACCCCAGGGUCCCUCUUCGGUGGCAUGUCAACCUGUAGUUUUCCGACUUUUCCCAGACGCCGUAUCAGCCACCGCUAUUGAUUCAAGCUUGCACAGUCCGAUCGGCCCAUAACCUUUCCAUGCCGUGUUUUCCUUUGCACUUUUCCAAGCUCAGGUCUUUAUUUCUGUAGUAGAAUGGUGUCGCGCCCCUUUCUUUCCAUUGCAUCCUGAAGCUACGUGCUUUUUCCCUCUCCCUUUUCCCCUGUCUUCCAGUAUGGAGGUGCCAGAAUGUCUCAUCUCUAGGUUUUGCGGGGGGGGGGGUCCCCUGAACCCCUCCUUCUCCGUUUUCUCCCUUUCUGCCUUUUCCAACCUGACUUGUCCUUUUAGGGUCUUUUUCCAGUUCGACUCUGCAAGCACUUCCUGCAGCAGCCUGGGGUGGGGGGCGGGUUGGGGGCAGCUGUAGAAACUUCCCCACGGUGGGAGCCCACAAAUAUUCCUGAUGAGCACAAGUAAAACUAGGGUUUGAGCCAUAGUACGGAGCAGGUGUGAGCUCCCGAGAGCCCUGGGGGUUGAGGGUCCUGCUGGGAAAAUGCCCAGAGUCUUACGGGGAGUUCCUUCCAGGCCAAGGAAGGCAACAGCCUGCCUCUCCCCCUUGCCCGCUCCAUCCUGCCACAAUACCCAGUGCACGUCUGCCUCCUCUCUCUCCCCCUGCCCGACUCCCCACGGUCCCUUCAGGAUGGGCUUCCAGAAGGAGGACAGGUCCGAGCGCAGAACACUAACACAGAAGACGACUGCGUCAUUAGGUUUUGCCCCAAGUGGCUUACCUUCCCCCCCACAACUGGACUUGGAUGGGAAGGACCCCCUGAACCUCUAGGCCGUGCCCUCCUGGGGAGCCAGACUAAAUAGAGACCCCGGAAGGACUCCCAAAGGCCGCUGCCCCGUGAGAGGGGAUCGCAACGCUUCUUCAAAGGCUGGCUGUCUGCAAGUUCUGUGCCUCCCCCUGGAGAACCGGGUCCCCGAAGGAUGUGCGGCUUAGAAGAGAAAUGAGCCGCUGUGCAGGGGCGGAGAGUAAAGAGAGCUCUGGAGAGGCACCAACAGCCUGUUCGAGGCCUCAGCAUCCUCUCCCUGAACAGGACCCUUUUCCUCUCCCAGUGACCCGCGAAUCCUACCCAGGAGGGAUUCGAGGAGCAGGGGUCCCUUGCAGGGAGAGAGGACAAAAAGGAAGCUAUAGAACUUUCCUCUGGGGUGGGCUGGAAUUGACCUGCCACCAUGGUGGCGUCACGCAUGGUACCCAGGAGCUGAAGUGUGGGGAGACAGCCCAGAGUUAGAGGCGCUCCUGACCCUUUGGGAGGCGAGAGCUUGUGUCUGCGAAGUGAGCCCUGGCUGCUUUGCCUGGACAGUCUUUCAGAGGUGUCGGGAUUCUUUGUAAGACUUAAGAUGUUGACUUUCUGCAGCCCCACCCCAGGUCCUGUCCAUUCCAGAGCUACUUCAGCCCCGUGCCCCCCCCCCCACCAUGCGCACACACACAGCACUUAUGAUGCUCAUGGUUAAAGCGUGGCUCAUUCUUGCUGUAAGAACACAUGCCCCCCAGACCACACAAGGGAUGAUCGGGGAGGCAUUUUGCUAGGGGCACAAGGGAUGCAGACCCUGGUCCCCUUGGCCCCACAAAAAAGCUGUCUCCUAUCACUCCAGAAGCAGACAGAGCCCCCAGACAGGACCCAGCACGGGAACUAUUAGAAGUGGCUUCCAGAAUGUGCGUGGGUCCCACGUGACCAAUCUGUAAAAAAAAAGAGGGGGGUGAUGUUGCCAUGGCAACCCUAGCAUUCCACCCUGAGUUUGCCAAGGCACACAAAAAUAGGGAACAUUUUCUUAAAGAACACCGGGCUCCGUGCACCCAUAUCCCCCCUGGUGGGGUGAAUUACUCUCAAAAAAAUCUGGCGGUUUCUCUGCCUUCUCUGGUGUUUCGAAACCGUCCUUCCACGUGGUCAGGAGAACAGGAGCUACCUAAAAGCCGGGUGGUAUUCUCCCCACCCCGCCUCCUCCCCCCCACCCUUCCCAGGGCCCAGAGCAAGGACCCCUUCAUCUGGGCGAAAAGGCAGAAAUGUCAUUUGGAAGGCAAAAAAUAUUUUAAGCCUCAAUCUUUAAAAGCAUCUGUUGGCCUGUUGAGACGGCUCUCCCACAAGCCAGAAAUGUGACCUGAAGUGAACUGAGGUUUACGUGGGGUCUUAGGCAAGCCCAGAGGCUUCUGAACUUUCUAGGUGUUUUAUUUGCAGAGAACAAGAAGUGUACCGCGAGGCACGUCCUUUCUCCAUACCUGUCCCCCGUCUCAAGUCGCACAUGACGAGUGGUCUGUCGCGGUUAGCCAGAGAACCUAGUGAAAGCUGGCAAGGUCAUGCUGGGGGUCAUGCCCCUCACCUCCCAUGCAGAGAAUCGUUAAGUGGGAGGGGGAAAUUUCUCGUUCAUUCUAAAUGCCUUCUCUAGGCUUCAGUUCAGACUCAGGUUAUAAAUCAAAGCGAGUUUUGCUCUUAGCUUGUAGCUGGCAGCCUCCCCGGGACCAUGACUGAAGAGGGAGGGUGUGAUGGCCAAGCACAGGUCCUGGGGUUGGCUGGCCUGGCCACGUGUGUGGCUACAUGUCAUGAAACCCUGUUUCUGCUGUGCCAUUUUCUCUCCACGGUCGCGGUCGCUGCUGAGCUCUGCUCCUCCCAGCUGGAGGUCCCCAACCAGACUGGGUCAUUUCACUGCACUGUUUCUCCAAAAGCCCAUGGCGAUAGUAUUACUCACCCUGCUCCACGGAGUUGUAGGGAGAUCUGGAACCCCACUGCAGGGAACAGUCCCUUUUCCCAUAGCGCCACGAUGAUACAGACGGGCCGAGCCUAGGCUUCUGGACUCGGGCACAUACCGGUUGUAUUCCCAGGAGGACUACUCUCUGGAGAACGUCUGUCUGCAGUGACCCGAGUUCACAACUUUCCCGUUGGCCUCUUCAGGGAUCCUCACAGGGCUAAGAGUCUGGAACCUUAAGCCCUCGCCAUAGCCGUCUUUCCUCACCUCCUCAUUACUCGGCUGUCCCAGAAGGGGUCGGGGGGGGGGGAAGGGGGGGAGAUCCAUCAGAAAUAGCAAAGUAACAUUUUUCAGCAGCUAGGAUUUUCCAGUGGAAUUAUUUGAACCACUAGCAAAGUGGAGGAGGGGCGGGCUGCCCCUUGUGGACCCUGUCUCCACAGCCAUCUAAAUGUCAGAACCGUCCAACUUCAACUUCAUACUUCCUUUGACUAAAUCACUCAGGGGACUGUCCUCAGCUAUGUGGCCUUGCCAUUGACACUUGCUUGGGGGAGGAAUAAGGUCAAAUGCACACACCAGCCACACACUUCUCUUAGUCUGCCGUGCUCGUUUGCUAAUGCGCAUGGCCACAGCGCAUGACUAUGGUUUCUACUUUAUACUGGUUUGGGACCCUCUUUCUAUGGUCUCAAGGGACGCGGUGACAAAGCUCGGAAAGUCUUCACGGCAAAAUUAAUUUGAUUCCGUUGGCUUGAGGUAAUAGCGGCAAAGAAUCAGGGUUUGCCAGUCCCAUAAGACAGCCCUCUGGACCCGGACAAGACUCGCCCAGCCCCCUGCCCCCUGCCUGCCCUGACUUUGGGUAGCUUAAUCGGUUCAACACCCAUGGUGGGUGGAGCCCUCAUCCGCCUCUUUUCCUUGAGCUUGAUGGGUUGGCUUUCAAAACAGUGCUUCUCACAAUGUUAGAAGUUAUUAUCUGAGUGAAAGGGCUGCAGGGCUGGGAUUUUCCAGGGGAGUAGAGGAGGAGGCCAAUUAGGAAGGAAUAUUCCAGGGAAUGAAAACUUCAAGGGUGGUGUUGCUGCAUCACUGGACCUGUGAGAGAAAAAGGAAGAUUGUGAAGGGCUGCAGAGGCUGGUCUCUGGACGCUUUUCCUGAAUCUGUGGCCUGCCGGGGACUGAGUGCCACGGGGCUGCCCAUCAACCUGACCCCAGUGACACGGGUGGUGGCAGACGUCAAGUGGAGGCCGUAGCUCGUCUUUCCUUGGGGGAUGGGACAUCUGCCAAGCUCAAAAUGCCUCCCCCCCCCGGGGGGCAUUGUGUCUGGGCUCAGACCAGUUGAACUGAGGCCAGGAGAGCGGAGGGUAAAGCCAGACGUAAGGGAGCACGAUCGCGUGCAGGACCUCACGUGUUUCGGCCGCCCACCAGCCCGAUCAUUUGAGUGACGUUCCCUUCCUGGCCUCAGCUCUCUCAUCGCUAAAGCAAAAGGAAAGGGAAACCAGAAGAGCCCGCCCAUCGUGAUUCUGUCUGUCUGAAACAAGUCAAGAUGAUGCCUAGAGUUGAGAGGGGCCGGAUUCCCGCGUGAACUGGGGACUGGCGGUUUCUUUUCUCACACGGGUCCCAAGAGGCAGUUGUAAUAAAAGAUCUCUUUUGGUGUCCGUUGUCUGUAGGUGAAACAAUGCAAAUUGGUUUCCGUCAAAUGCGUGGUGUGUUGCAAGUAAGAGGUUUUGUUGACUCCCUAAGGUCUUGCUGACUCAAGGGAACAUCAGAGAUGGGCUUAGCCAGGGUGAAAAGUAAGGGGAUUUGAUCACUUGAUGGCAGAUCACGGGCAUGAGAAUUCCGGGAUCAGUAGAGUGAAACAAAGCCAGAUCCCAGGACAAAGUGGGUGUCUCUCCAUCUGAGAAAGCCUAACUGGAAGCUACUGAAUAAAGAGCACAACUUCCGGUCAUUUCUUUUUUCUUUUUCUUUUUUUUUUUUUUUUUUUUCCUGGCCAUUCCGGUAUAUGUGAUAAUGGUUUGCAAUUAUUCCUAACACUGCAGAAGGGAGAGAGUCACCGUCUCUCACGAUUGUCAGGAAGGAGAUUAGCAGUCUGGGGAGACCAGCCGCUGCGGGAUGGUCUCUUGGAGGCUGAGGGAUGCUGAGCACAGGUGCCUGCUUUGGAAACACCGACCCUGGUGAGGGGUGGAAGGCAGGACAAGAGUGACCGCUGGACGCAUAAAAUCCCUAGCCCUUCUGCCCCAUGACAACAUAACAUCCUAGGUUUCUGUCCCUUUACCUCUACCUGAAUUGGACUGAGAUUUUCACAUAAGCUUGUUUUCAUAGAAGCCCUACUGACCUUCCCUGGAAAGACCCAGAUUGGUCCGGAAAGGAACGGGUCCUCUCGGCUCCUGGUAGAAUCUUACACAAGCCAGGGUCUCUUGGCUCUCCCCAAAGAAAAUCAAAGAAUAUUCCUCCUUUCUGACUUGGAAAUCUGGUUUCAGGGGUCCUUGAAUGGCUUCUUAGUGGGGUUUGACUUCCCCCCCACCAGUUCUGAAAAGAAGAAGCUGUUUAUCCAAGGACUAACCAAAGACCGUGCCCUUGGAUGGAAAUCAGAUCCAGAAAGUCUGGUCAGGCAGUGGGCUGGCAAAUUGUCAUCUUUUGAGGAUGGGAGGGGGUGGGGUCAGUGAGCCUAGGAGUCAUUAGACUGGAGACGUGACUUGUUUCUGAAAGCACAGUAUAGUUAGUGGCUGGAUGCAGACUGGAGCACAGCUGAGGAUCCUAGGAUCGGUAUGCCUGGAGCCUGACAGCUCUCGUUUCCAGAAUGGGGCCACUCAGACUGAAAUCCUGGGUCACAGUCUUCCCAUUUACCUCAUUCAUGUUCCUUUUUUUUUUUUUUUUUCCUCAUUCCGUGUUAGAUGAUUAUUUCUGCUAUUAAGUGAUGGGAGUCAGCAGACUAGUCAAAAGGAAAUCUUUAUAUAAAAUGUAAAUAUUAAUAUAAAUUAACUUGGCAUGCAACUUACUAAUCCAAUGAAGUAUAUAUUAUUAAUAUGUCCUCUUAGUGUAUAAAGGAAAACUGACUGCCAUAUUUACCAGAUGUUUUCUGUAACCAGACUUGUCUGUAAAUAUAUAAUCUGUAUAAAAAAAGAGUCUAAUUUACCAUUAUUUAUGCAAUAGAAAAAAUAAAAGUUUUUUUUUUUCUUUUGA